UCUUCCACCAUGGCCAAAGUGAUCAAUUUUGUCCUUCUUGCCUCAACACUUUUCUGCUGUCAGGCCGCUCCAGUGGAUCGUCAUGGCAGCUCAGAUGUACAUUGUCCCCUUAACGUAAAGAUCCUGGACGCAUUGAAAGGCACACCUGCUGGAAAUGUGGCACUCGCAGUCUUCCGCCAAGGUGCUGAUAAAACUUGGGAAAAAGUUGCCAGUGGGAAUACAAAUGUAGCUGGUGAGGUUCACGAACUUCUCUCAGAGCAGGACUUCAGUCCUGGCGUGUAUCGUGUCGAAUUUGACACCAAAACCUACUGGAAAGCAGAAGGCCACAAAUCAUUCCAUGAAGUUGCUCAAGUGGUGUUUGAGGCUCAUGCAGAAGGACAUCUUCAUUACACUUUGGCCCUGUUACUGAGCCCCUUCUCCUACACCACAACAGCUGUAGUGGGGAAAGAACAUGACUAA